GCUGCUCGACACAUGCAAGGGGAAGCCAAGAAGGAAAAUAUAUCUGUCAAGCAAUACAUCAAGGAGAAUGAUGACCCAUGCAGCAACGUGAUGCUGUUGGGGGACAUUGCAGGCGUGCUGGGGGUCACCAUAUGUGCCGCCUCCAUCUGGCUCAGUCAGCACUUCAAUAACUACCUGAUUGACGCCAUGGGUUCGUUUCUGAUCAGCAUCGUGAUUGGCUCUGUGUCAUUCUUCAUUCAGAAGCAGAACAUUGAUAAACUGCUUGGCCAAGCACUUCCGUAUGAGAAGGACAACUAGCUGUUCCUGAAAAACGACAAGCUUGUGAAUGCAGUCCACGAUGUGAAAACCAUAGAUAUGGGGGACCAGAGCCGCUUCAAGGCGGAGAUCGUUCUCGAUGCAAAACUCAUCACGUACGACUUCCUACAGACCAAACUGAGCGAGGAUGAAAUGCUUGUGAGACUUCAGUCAAUUCGCACUGUAGAUGAACUUGAUAUCUUUCACCAGGAGUUUGGCAGCUUCUUGUAUGAACAAAUUGUCCUUCAUAUCGACAGACUAGAGCAAGAGAUCAAG